UAAGCUUGUCUGUCUAUAUACUACACAUUAAUUGACAUCAACAAUAAUUGUUGGCCUCCAUAGAGAAGGCAAUGAUCAUUAUUGGAAAAAUCAUAUUAAAACUGUAGAAAGUGACAUAGAGAGAGAGUAAUAGUAGUAGUAUUAGUGGUAGUAGUUGUAGUAGUCACGUUUCUGUUAUUUGUGAAUACAUACCUAUUGAACACUUUUGCAAGUUGAACAAAAAUCAAAUUGAACAAUAUAUACUACUAACUAUUGUUAAUUGUGAAAGAAAGUUAUUCACACACUAUCCACACACACACUCAGUAAUUUGGUGAACAAUUGAGAAAAUUUUGACUUAUUCAUUGUUUUGCAAAUAUCGUAUAACAACCAAAUUGUGCCUUAUAAAAAAAAACAAUGUUACAUAUAUAUUAUAUCUGAUCUAAUAAAUCUGAUCAACAAAUUGUCUUAUUGUGCAUUAAUUUCAAUUAUUAUAUCUUUGGAUAGAAAGUGCAAUUCCAGUGUAUUUUAUCCUAAUAUAUUAUUUAUCAAUACAUCUGAGAUUAUAUAUAUAUAAAUACAAAUACAAUACAAGAAAUAUUAAAUUUUGAAAAUUUAUUGACAAAUAAUUCUUUUGAAAGAUUAAUCUCGCUAAUCAAUAAAGUCAACAUACAUUAUCAUCUUUGCUGUUGUGAUUAUCCAUUCUCUUAGUGAAUUAAUCAGUACUACUCAUUCUUCACUCUUCAUUGUGUUCAGUGAUUGGAAAUUAUUAUUAUUUUUAAUCAAGAUCAAACAGAAUUAACUAGAAUCAGUCAAUAUUGUACACACGUGUGUAUAUGCACGUUCAUCUGUAAAUAGAAAAAAAACAAACUAAUAAUUCCAUAAACAUACACGUACGUUUGUGUACACAAAAAUUAACUCACUGUGUGCACACACACACAUACAUACAAACAAACAUAUUUGUGUACAAUACACACAUACUCACACACACACACACUAUUCAUUCAUCCGAUCAUGCUUCAUAGUGUUGGUCUAAGUGAUCCCACUGGAGCUGCAACAGUGGUUUAUCCACAUUUCACACCAUUCCCACCAACAAAUACGUCAACAUUAAAUCCUAAUGAAAAUUCUAACCAAUUUACAAAUAAUUCUGUUACAAAUCAUAACAAUGUCAGUAAUCAUAAUAAUAAUACUACUAAUAAUACUACUAAUAAUAGUAAUAAUAAUAAUAACAAUAAUCAUAAUGGGAUGUAUACAUCAAAUACAGCUGCAGCUGCAGCGGCUGCAGUUGCUGCAUUGACUGCAGCUGCUGCAGCUUCUGCUGGUCUACCAUCCAAUAUUAAAGAUUCACGAUGGUUGACGCUGGAAGUAUGCCGACAAUAUCAACGAAAUCAAUGUUCACGAGAUGAGAAUGAAUGUAAAUUUGCUCAUCCACCAACUCAUGUCGAUGUACAAAGUGGACGUGUUAUAUGUUGUUAUGAUUCAAUUAAAGGUAAAUGUCAACGUCGUGAUCCACCUUGUAAGUAUUUACAUCCACCACAACAUUUACGUGAACAAUUAAUACAAAAUGGUCGAAAUAAUAUGAUUAUGCGUAAUGUACAAUUACAAUUAUUACAACAACAAUUAUUAGCUCAAACUGGUGUUGGUCCAUUAGCUGCAGCAGCUGCAGCAGCUGCUGCUGCAACUAAUCCAAAUCAAGGUACAUUAGUGAAUAAUUCCAAUUCUUUAAUUUAUACAACACCAGCUGCAUUGGCUCUUACUAAUCAAACAGGUGCUCCAUCGGCUUAUCCAUUACUUCUGACAUCAUUAUCAUCUAUCUUUUUCUUCCCGUUCGCUUUCUUAUUAGCCUUAACAGGUGUAUCAGUCGGUAAACCGAUUGGAAGUUGGUUUGGUCCAAAUACUGUUGCACAAGUACUUAAAAAACUAUCUGUUUAUGACCGUUGGACAAAUUUAUUCAUUCAUAUUUCUGUAGAAGAUGGAAUUAUUAUUGAUGAAAUUAAAUCUUUAUGCUGUCAACCUCGACCUUAUUUUAAUUUCACUAAUAAUUCUGAUGAAAAUGACAAAUUAACAGAAGAACAUCAUGCUACUGUGGAGAGUGUAAAUGAUGCUGCAGAAGAAUCGGACUCAUCAACAUCAUCUUAUAGUUGUCCAUUCUCUCAAGCUGUGAUUGAUUCAACUCAAAACUGUGAUUGA